CCUUCACAUCCAACUCCUUCUAGAACCCCACUGACAUUCCACUUCCUGGCAGUAGAGCAGACUACCAAAUCGAGACCAUUGAAGGCACCAACUUCCCUAUAUUGGGAAGUGAGCCAAGGAAGCAGAUUAGGAAUCAACUUAAGGAGAUGAGGAAACAGGAACAGAGGAAGCAGGAGGAAUUUGAAGAAGAGGAGGAAGAAAAAGAAAGCAAAUAAAAUUGAGAGCCUUCGAGAAGAAAUGAGAGAAUUGCAUAGGAAGAUAGAUGAACUUAAUGAGCUCAGACUUAAUGCUAUUAAGAUUAUUCAGAAUUUUAAAGUAAUUACCAGACCACCUGAAGAUAGUAAUGAGUUCGAACCUCCCCUCCCACCUACUUUAGAGCAAUGGCUGACAUCUCAGAGAAAAUCUGGUUCUCAAUUCUUUAACAGUAGAAUUAUAUUUGACUUCAAUGGAAAUAUUACAGACCUAUGAUUUAGUUUAACUACAGAUGAAGAAUUCUCAAUGUUUAAGGAAAUGAUUCAUGCUUUUAUAAAAUAUAAAUGGGUCUUGCCUGAAUCUAUCUCGCUCAAAAUAACAGGCAUUGACUCAAGGUCUCUGGAGCUGGUUUUAGUCCUCUUGUCAGAUCAUCUUUGUAGAAGUUUAAACAUUCUAGAUCUCAGAAGUACAGCAAAUUCUCUUGAAUGAUUUACCCUUAUUUAUCGAACUUUAAAGGGAAUUGAGCCUCUCAAAAUAAACUCUGUAAAGCUAAGAUUUUUCAGAUUUUAUGCCAGAAUGAAUCACCUGGGUGAAGAAGAAGCUAAUCAUGGGAAAGACGCUAUCCAAUAUUUUUCAACCAUCUCUGAAAAAUUAGAGUUUUCUAAUUGUCUCUUUCAUUGAGGUGAAUUUGAAUUACAAGAAGACAUUGAUUAUACUUUAAAGGCAAUUGAAUUUAACAGAUGAACCUUCAUUGAUAUGAAGAAAAGAGAUAAAUCUCACAUUUUAACAUGAACCAAAGCAUUAAAUAAUGAAAAAUUAUUACAAAACUUGAAAUUAGUCAAAAUCAAGGAUAAAACUCUAACAGUCAGAGACAAUAAAAUCAAGGAAUCAAUGAACCUAAUCCCACAAGUAUACAUCUCAAAAGGCUACCAGACCUCUUCCAGCUUCUCCAAAUCCCUCAUAACCCCAAUUUCCCUCUAA